CGCCACCACCACCCAUGGACGAGUUUCCACCGCCACUGCCACUGCCACUGCCACCUCCUCCUCCUCCUAUGACCCUGGACGGAGCUGAAAACGACACAGUUUUCGCCAAAACGCUCGUACUGAGCAAACGCGAAGUAACCGCGCGUCGGCUCCGCCGAACGAGGCAACUCAGACGGUGCUACAGAGGGCACUACUGGGCUCUAAUGGAAGAGAUCAAGUCCAAGUAUAAGGAGUAUUAUUGGACAUACGGUAAGAGCCCCUUCAAGGAAACUAGCGGCGUAAACCACGCUGUCGUUUUGGGCGACGAGAACAAUAACAACGCAAACGGCGGCAACGAGAGGAACAAUAAUGCUGCUUUGGGAGUUGGAGGAGACGACGUCGUUCGGUGCGCUUUUGGUGGAUGUAAGAUUAAGGCUAUGGCGCUUACUAGGUACUGUCACGCUCACAUACUUUCGGAUCCGAAACAGAAGCUCUAUCCGGGAUGCAGAACCGUAGCUAAAAAUUUGCCAACAGGGCCUUCAUAUUGUAAUAAACCAGUGUUGAGGUCUGUGGCUCCUGCUGCUUGCACAACUCAUUACCAAUUAGGUGAAAAGUGUCUUCUUCGUGCUGUAAAAAGGGCAGGUUAUAAUGUCCCAAUUAAUCGUAAGCCUAAUGUGAAGUUACAUGUAGUAGUUAAUGAAUUUGUUAGCCAAAUCAAAAAUAAACGAAAAGUUGCAUUGAAAGCAGCUGUAUCUAAAGUUGAGACUCAAUAAGAAACAAGGUUACUUAUUGUUUAGAAGAUGAUUGAUUGUCUAAAGACAUUGCAUGGUGUUGGGCAUAUUCCAGUAUCUCGGAGAAAUUGGUUAAUGAUUUGGUGUUGAAGGAUGAUCAAUAAGAAAUGUACUUAGAUGUUUGUACAUCAUAAGUAUUCCAGGUAUGUCAUUUUUUGUUUCUUUUCUUGUUUAGUCACUUACUUUGACCCUGUGAGCAGCAUUGAAAUAUUUCAGUUGUUCAUUGUUACUAAUAACCGAGGAAUUUCUUGACAUGGAUUAAGAAUCCUUUUGUGAAUCAAUGAGAAUAGCAGUAAGCCAUAAUUAGUUCAUUUGAUACGUUGAAAGUUUUGGGGUUUACUUAAUGACUUAUUGAUCAUUUUAGCACUAGAGACUUUCUACUGUUGCAAGAAUGUCAAAAUGAUAACUUGAAACUGAAAGGUUCAACUGUUCCAUUCAAUUUCAAAGCUCUCUUGACUAGCUAAAUCUUUAUAAGGAGUAGUGGAUGUGCUUGACAGUUUUGUUAUUUUGGUUCUUGCACUGCAAAUGAUCCUUAGCACUUAAAACAUAUUAAGAAAUAUAAGUGUCUGCUAAUUCCUUGGAUCUUGUUCAAUUUCUAAACAUUGAAUUGUUGACUUUAACAUAAGUGAUCAGUUGUAUAGUCAGAAUUUCAGAUGCUACUGACAUCAAGUACAUAUGAUUAAAAGAAAAUACACACCCCAUUAUUUUGAUGAUAGUCACAUUCUAGCAAAUAAUGUUUGUGUGCUAUUGGGUGAUCACAUUUUCUACAAUAAUUUUAGAAAAUACCUCAUUUUUCUUUCAAUUAAAAGGAAAAGUAUUAUUGUUAUUGAAAAGGGAUUUAGCUCCUCUAAAGCAGAAAAAUUUAAUUUAGAGGGAAAAGAUGGAAACGUGUGAAAUCUCAGUUUUUAGUGAUAAAACAAAUGGUUGAUGUUAUGAUAAAUUGAAAUCACAUGCGUAACUAAGCCCGGGUUUGUCAGAAUCCACUCAAUUUUGUCAUUAAGAUAUUCCUAAAAUUUGUAAGUUCAAGUGAGCUCCUUACCUUAGAGGAGCUAAAAUCCAUUCAGUAGUAUAUAAAAGCUGGUUUUUAGAAGUAGGUGAACCUGGGUGGAUACUUUUAAUGUUCUUUAGGAGCAUAUUGCAUUAACUGCUCCCUUUUCUAUGUACGGUGAGAGUGUUAGAAAUAGAAUUUAUAGUUAUAUACUUAUAUCCUGAUGCAUAACAUGAAUUGAAAGGACCAAAUAGUCCAUAAAUUGACUUGGAAGGCUUUUUACGUUUUACUCUUUAACUCUACAACAUAAGAAUAUAAGUUAGUAGUACUAUCACUACUGGUAUAAACAGAAUCUGGAAAUAUAUGUUCUGGUUUCGACACUGUAGCAGAGUGCUAUAGCUCCCCAGUGUUCUCUGAUUUCUUUAUUUAUAAGCACCAAGUGGGAAAGGACUUCUGCUAUUAUUUUUUUACUGUUGUUGUCAUUGUAAUAGUUGUGUUGCUCAAGUAAAAUGGAUUAAGCCAAUUCACCUUUGAAUUAGUUGAAAAUUUAGUUUAGGUAUGUUCAUGAUAUUGUGUUGGAAUUAAAUGAAUAUGACAAGUGAGUAAUAUGUUAGACUGUGUUUGUUUCUUGAGAACAUGACAAGACAAGUUAUUAAGAACAAGACACAAAGGACAGAGACACAAAAUUGU